GAACAUUUUACCAGCCAUUACAUGACAAGAGAAUUCGGACACCUUACCAGGCACCAGAUGUGAAAUAAGUACUCAGUACUAAUGUGCUGUUAAUAGUUGGUAUUCGGUUGUCAUCGUCGCUGCCGAUGUUUAUAUUGAACGAAUAUUUUACAUAUUUAUAGAAAAACAAAGAAAAAAUGUCCGGUCGAGAGGGUGGUAAGAAAAAACCAUUGAAGGCCCCCAAGAAAGACGCCAAAGAACUUGAUGAUGACGAUAUGGCCUUUAAACAAAAACAAAAGGAAGCUCAAAAGGCAUUGGAAGCUGCCAAAGCUAAUGCGUCCAAGAAAGGUCCUCUAGUGGGAGGAGGAAUCAAGAAGUCGGGCAAGAAGUAAAACACAAAAUUUUAGCAUUUAUUUGCAAUUGUCCCUCAACCAAGUUAACAAAUAAAUUUAUAGAUUUUUUUAUAAUUAAAAAUAUUAAA